AUGGAUAAUCAAACCACAGUGUCUUAUUUUUUGCUUCUGGAAAUCUCAAAAAAUUGGCAUUUGCAACUUUUACAUUUCUUUUUGUUCUUCUUGUUAUAUCUGGCAACUGCAACAACAAAUCUGCUCAUCAUCUGUGCUGUACCUUUUGACCAUCAAUUACAUAGUGGCAUGUAUUUCUUUCUGAUGAAUUUGGCUCUGCAGGAUCUGGGCAGUGUUUCAGUUAUUGUCCCCAAAUCCAUGAUAAAUUCUCUCCUGGACACUAGACACAUUUCUUAUGUUGGUUGUGUUGCUCAAGUAUUUUUCUUUAUCUCCUUUCUGGAUUCUAACGUAUCCCUCCUGACAGUCAUGGCAUAUGAUCGCUAUGUUGCCAUUCGCUAUCCACUGCACUAUGAGAAGGUUAUGAAUUGGAAAGCCUGUAUUGAAAUAUUGACCCUGGUGUGGAUUACAAGUCUUCUCUAUGGAAUGUUGCAUACGACUGGCACCUUUUCAAUCCUUUUUUGUUCUAAUAUAGUCAACCAAUUUUUCUGUGAAAUUCCACAAUUGCUAAAACUAUCCUGCUCUGGCUUAAAUUUAGUUGAGGUUGGAGUUCUUGUGGCCAGUAUCAUUUCAGGAACUGGUUGUUUUACUUUUAUAAUUGUAUCUUAUGCCAUGAUCUUCAAGACAGUGCUAAGAAUCCCUUCUGAACAAGGAAGGCAAAAAGCUUUGUGCACUUGUAUUCCCCACCUCAUAGUAGUGUCUAUGAUUUUAUUGACUGGAUGCUUUGCCUAUUUGACCCCUCACUCUAACACCCCAUCAUACUUAGAUUUGGGGUUGACUGUUCUGUAUUCCCUUCUUCCACCUCUGUUCAAUUCAAUUAUCUAUAGUAUGAGAAAUAAGAAUAUCAAACGUGUUCUUUCUAAAUUGUGGAGAUUCUGA